AUACCUUUAAUACUUGCUUGUAUUAGUUAUUCUUUUUCGUGUCAACGUUUUUCCUCUUUUCUCUUUAAUGUUGUUUUAAACUAACCCAGUAUCAAAAUGGAUCAAGAUCAACAGAAAGCUGGCGAAAAUGAGCCAGAUCACAAUCAAACAUUAAAUAAUACUAAUAAACUACUACAUGAUUUAGAACGUAAACUAUCCAGUUCUUCUAACCAAACGCAUGCAUCAAAUAAUUCCCAGACUUCUUCUAUCAUAAUAAAUAAAGAUUUAUCGGGAUUAGGUAAACAAAAUGUUCAAUCAAAUGUUAUUAAUUAUUUAAAGAAUAACGACAAUGCUUCAAAUUUUAGUACUAAUGAGUUAUACCACGAUCGCCAAACACGAUUCAUGACUAAGUUUGGUAGAAAUUAUAAUCCUCCUAUAAUCCAGCAACAUACUGAAUCGAUUGAAAAUUCAACCAAUUCAGAACAAAGUAGCAUGACAAGUCCUAUUGUCGAGCGAGCUAGACCCUUGAUAUCCAAUGAUCAAAAUGAUGAUGAUUUUUUCGAACAUAUCGACGAUGCUGAUGAUUUGAGUGAUUCCGGUAGUGUGAUUAAACAUUCAAACGAUUAUGACACUGAUGAAGAAGAAGGUACUUUCACUCCUGAUUCCAAUGAAAACUUACACGGAAUACAUUAUGGGAAUAUGGAUGAUUAUGAUGAUUACGAUUAUGAUGAUGAUGCCGAAGAAGAAGAUGAUAUGUUGCUUCCUCCUUCUCCUCCUCGUUCUCCUCCAAGAGAUUUGGAUCCAGAUAAAUUAUAUGGUUUAUAUGAUUUUUCUGGACCUGAUCCUCUGCAUUGCUCUUUACUGAGAGACGAACCAGUGGUUUUGAUAAAUGAUUCUGAUAAUUAUUGGUGGUUAAUUAAAAAAUUAACAAAACAAGAACGAUUUGAAUUAAGUCGCUCAAAACAUUUAACUUAUAACUUGGAUGAUGAUUUUGAUGACUUUGAUGACUUUUCAGAUAGUGAAGAUGGUAAAAUCGGAUUUGUCCCUGCUGAAUGUUUAGAAACGUAUGGUGAAAGAUUAGCUAGAUUAAAUUGUUUUAAAAAUGAAGCUUUGGAAAAAUCAAGUAAAGAAGAUAUCAAUGAUACCACUUUAAGUUACGCCGAUGAUUUUAACUUGGGUUUGAAUUUAUCAAAUCCGAUCAACUUCCAAAGUGAUGAUAAUUUAUCAAAAUCAACCGUUGGUUCUUUAAAAAGAAAAAAGUCAACUAAAUCAGUCACUUUCGAAGAUUUAGGUGAAUUGGUUCUUGACGAGGAUACUAAUGACCUGAGUACUUCUAUCCAUAAAAACAAUGAUGACGAUUUCCAUAACAGCUAUUUCGAUAUCCCUCGUGAUGAAAUUAGGGAUGUUAUUAAAAAUAAUCCAAAGGAGCCUUCAGAAACUUCAAAUUCAGAAGAUAAAAAACUGGAGGUUUUAAGUGAUGUUUAUCCAACUGAGACUCCUCUUAUCAUAAAUAAAAAUAACCGUUCUGGUCAAAAAUCUCAAGACUCGCCUCCCUUGGAUGGCUCGAGCCCUAAAGAUCCAAUUCGUAUAAUUAGUGAUAAUGAACCCAUAAUAACUCAUGUCGUUAACUUGAACGAAAAAAGUAAUCAACAAAAAUCGGAAGUUGCAGUUAAAAGUGAAGAGAACUUAUCAUUAAGUAAUGUGAACAAAAAUACUCAUUUAGAUAAACCUUCAAUGUCGACUUCUAAUCAAGAAAUAAUUUCAAUUGGCUCAUUCUCUCCUGAUACUCCUCGUGAAAGUUCCCGUAAUAAAAAAUCAAAUAAAAAGUCAAUUUCUAGUCCUCCUUCAUGUCCUUCGUCAGCAAAUUCAUCUACUUCUCCUGCAAAUAGAAGCAUUGAUGAUGAGGCUUCUCAAUUCAGAAGAUCUCUUAUUUUAGACCGCUUGAACCAAGUUACUUUUGAUAUCCAAGAACAGCUUAACUUAAGUGACGAAGACCUGGACCAUUUUUCUCAUUAUUAUAGACCAGAUAAUCUUACCUUCGGAGCUGACCUAAAACACUCCCCUGAACAGCACAGAAUGAUCCAUGACGUUAUCAAUCAAUCUGAUCUGGAUUCUGAUCAGCCUUCAGAUCUCGACCUGGAAAGUUUUGUCAACUCUUCUUCCAAUCACACCAAUAGUCGUGACUUGUCAAACAAACACCAUCGUCACAAUGGCCACCACAAUCACCAUCAUCAUUCCUCAAUCUCCCAGGAUCAAGAUUUAUCCGUCACACCAUUAACAAGCCUUAAUUCUUUAAGCAAUGGUAUUAAUUCUACAACAAUGACCCAAUUUUCAAACACUUCGAAUUCAAAAGCAUACUACAAUAAUAUCCACGCAAUUAUCCCGGAAGACGAAGACAUUACAGUCUCUCCAACUCCUCUCUAUCCAUCAUCUUUACCAGAAUCACAAACAAAUCCUGACUUCAUCCCAAAAGCUUCGGAUAUUCCCUUAAGUGAACGUAGAAAAUCAAAACCAGUUCACGACAUGUUCUUGCCCAUCCUAGGUAAAUUCGAUGAUUUGGCAGAAAAAUUGGCAGAAUUAGAAGACUUGUUAUAAUCCUUCCCUAGAAUCUAUUUAUUUUUCAAUUCUACAAACACCUUUUGGCUUUUUUAGUGUCUUAUCUUUCUUUUUUCUUUUGUCUACUUUCAUUCGUUUCUCUGUUCAGGCUUUUUUUUGUUUCUUCUUCACUCAAUUAUUACAAUUCUUUAACAAUUCUCAUAUCUCCU